AUGGAUGUCGAUGAACCGAUGGUUAAUAAAUCUCCUCGUGGGUUCUAUACGAAUUACUCGUUAAGAUCUAGUACACCAUCAACAACUUCAAAACAAGACUUUCAAUCAAUUGAAUCGGAUAACCAAGAAUACUCUUCAGAACAUGAAGCUAUUGUCUACAUUUCUGAUCUACCGCCAAGUAUUCAAGACGAUCUUCAACUACAUCGGCUGAUCGAAAAUCGUUUGGAAAAGACAUUUCAAAUUAUUCCGACUAUUAUUCAAUGUUACACAAAAAUAGGUGCUGGUUUUAUGCGUGUUCGCAAUACUCAAAUCAAAAAUCGUUUGGUUGAAGAUAUUAAAAAAAUUAUAUUAGAUUUGCCAGGAGGUACACACUUAAUUUCAUUUAGUGAUACCAUUGAAAUUGUUUCAUAUAUUGUUAUUGAUAAAACACACGAGAAAAAUGAUAUCAAUCUACCGAAUCCUUCUGAAAUUCUCAAGCGAUGGGUCCAUUUGUACACUGGUGAAAAGCCCCUUUCGUGUGAUCAAAUCAGUGUUCAAUUUCCUAAUAUUUAUCGGAUUGUUUCCACUUCAUUCGAUGAUUUACUCGCUGCCAUGUCAAAUCCAGAUUUUCUAAUCAAUAAAUUGUUUACACAUGUUUAUAUUGGUGCAGAUUGCAGCUAUUUUGAGGAUUUACCAAAAUCAACAAAUAAAGAAGAACUAGAAACAGCUAUUUGCAAUUCAAUUGGAAUGAAAACUAUUGCAACAUUGUCACUUCAUAUUGAAUUAAAUAAACAAACUAAUAAUGCAUGUGUCAUUGCCACUGAUAAAGCUCGACUAUGGACGACAAAAAGUUUUACCUAUAUUAACGAUAGACCAAUAUCGAAAAGAGUAAAUUUGACUUGUCGUUUAGUUGUUUAUCCAAUGCGGGAAAUUCAUAAUAAUGAUGAAAUUGUGAAUCAAACAAUAUUUGAUGGGCACGCAUCAGUUAUUGAACGAAGUGGUGAAAAUCUUAUUCUGGAAAUAUCCGACAAGAAAAUUUAUGACAAUUGCUUAUCAGUGGGGGUGCUUACUCUUAAAAGUAAACCAAGAUUAAAAAUGGAAAUCUAUAUGGCUUUUACUAAUCCAGAAAAUCGUGAAAUCGAUACUGAGACAUGGUAUCACGUUGAAAUGGUUCGUUAUAAAUCGGAUAUCAUGCAAUUUACUGCCGAUCUUGAUCAUCCAAUAUUUCAUUAUAGAUGGAAUGCAGCCAUAUGGCUUCAAGAAUUCCAAAAUGCACAAUCAAAAAAUCGUAGUACUAAAGCUAAUGCAAAAGCCCAAUCAAGUCUAUCAAAUGAUCAAAUUCGUCAUUUACUUCAAAUGACUGUGAUGUUGAAUACUAUUGGCGUUAUACGAAAGAAGACUUACCUAAUUAAUAAUCAACAAAUCAAAUUGAAUUUAGAUUCCAAACUAAAAACUAUCGUUUACAAUCAUGAUUCAUUAUUGGAACUUAGUCAAUCAAUCCAAUUAUCAAAUACUCCUUACACAGAAACCAAAGUCAAAGUAAUAAAUGCAGACUGUGUUUUUGUCUAUGAAGAAUGCUCUAAGAAAUACAAGAAACCACUACUUUUAAAUAUGGCAAGUGCAACAAGUCCCGGUGGUGGAUAUAGAAAAGGCGAUGGAGCACAAGAAGAGAAUCUUUUCCGACGAUCCGAUUAUUUUCGAAGUCUUGAUAUUGAUCUUGAUUCUAUUCAAGAUGAAAUACCGGAACGAUCAUAUUGUUCCAAUGAUGGUAAAAUUCGUUCUCUUGUCGAUCUUACAGCUAUGUAUCCAAUCGAUGUAUAUGGAGCGAUUUAUACAUCUGGUUUAACUUUCUUUCGAAACUCCGAAGACAAAGGUUAUGAAUACAUGGACAAACCUCUAGAAGGUGUCCAUGCAUUGGCCGUGGCUGCAUAUCGAAAUCCAAAAUUAGACGGAAACCUGUUAUCACCCAAAUAUGCUGUUGGAAUGAGAAAAAAAAUCGAAAAUCUUCUUUCUAUUGCUCAUUAUCAUAAACACGAUUGUUUAAUUUUAUCAGCUCUUGGUUGCGGUGCGUUUCGAAAUCCACCUGAUCACGUCGCCAAAUUGUUUCGUUCAGUUAUUGAACAAUAUGCUGGUUUUUUUCAAACGAUUAUCUUUGCAAUUAUUGAUGAUCAUAAUAGUGGACAACAACAUAAUCCUGAUGGAAAUUUCAAAUCAUUCAAAGACGAAUUAGAUGGACAAAGUUUUAAACCUAUGUUACCAUUAGAUCAUCCUAAUACAAUCGCCGGACCGUAUUGGAUUUCAUCAGAUGGUUCAAGUGUAAAGGAUGUAACCAUUUUAGAUUUGGACCCAUGCCAGUACGGUGCAAAAUGCAAUGCUUUGUAUGAUCCAAACCACACUGAGAAUUAUUCUCACCCACCUUUAUGUAAAGAACGAUCUUUGAAAGGCAGUUGUACAAAAAUGAAAGAUAUACUUCAUAUGUCUUCAUUUAUUCAUCGAGACCCAUGUAAAUAUGGUGCACAAUGUAAAGAUAUCGAUAAUGCAAAACAUAAUCAAGAAUAUGAACAUCCAUCUUUUUGUCCAAAUGGAGGCGACUGUGAAGAUACAAGUGAUGAUCAUGAAAAAGCCUAUCGGCAUUUACCUGCAUGUUCUUCAUUUCAAAAAUGUUUGCAAUAUCAACAACAUGUUACAAGUCACUGUGAGAAAUUUCGUCAUUACAUGCCUCGUUGCGAUCAUGGGAGUUAUUGUGUAAAUUUCCAUGAUAGGGAACAUAUCGAAAAUUAUAAACAUCCAUUUCCAAAUCCAUGUCGAUUUACACCAUAUCAUUGCUCUUUGCAUGAGCAAUUCAUAUUGGGAAAAAAUUCAAGAUCACUUUCAGAUGAAAUAAAUCAACAUUGUUUGAAUUUGGCUCACGUAUGUGGAUUCGGACGAAAUUGUACGGAUAAAGAUGCUCUACAUUGGGAAAAAUAUAUUCACGUGCCUCGUUCUUUGUGCUCGUAUGGUAAUCGAUGUAAAAAAUUACUUGAAGAAGAUCAUUUGAAUUCGUUCACACAUCCGAACAUCCGCGACAUUCGUUUUCUAUGUAAAUAUGCCGAAAAAUGUCACGAUCGCCGAAAUCCAAAACAUGUGGCUAAAUUUCGACAUAUAAUUACAUUGGAAGAUAGCGGUAUUGUCCAGUAUUAUAAUUUAAAUAAAAACAUUGAUUUCGUUCAAAAUCAAAAAGAUAAUGUUGAACAUGUUAGUCGUUAUGUAGAAAAAGAAAAAUGGGAACGAUUACCAUCUGGAUCUGUUCCACAAGAAAUCAUUAAUUGGAUACGUACUGUUCAACCUGUGCAUCGAUGCCGACCAGAAAUAUUUGAAUCAAUACUUCUCCUUGGACAUGUUAUGAGUCGAGAUUAUAUGGAUCAACUAAAGAAUCCUAAGUUCGUUGCUACAUCUGUUUUUCAACACAGCCAAAUACAACAAAUUAAAUAUUUAAAAGGAAAAAAAUGUGCGAAAGAUGCGAAAGACUAUAUUGAAGCAUUGGUUGCAGAAGAAUUUGAGAAACCCCAGCCAGUAGGAGUAACCAUCGCCGGCACCACUAAAAUAGAUACAACAUCUGGUGAGACAUAUAAGUUGAAAUCUCGCAAAAAACUCAUUACAAGCAAAGAAGUCAUUCUAUCAAAUAUACUUUCAAAAAAUGAAAUGCAAAUAAUUAAAACGAAAGCAAUAGAAAUAGCUCAAGCUUCUAUUAAACUUCAUGCGAAUCCUGCUGGCAUCGGUCAUCCUCCUGACAAAGAACUAGGAACAAAUCGAAAUGUAUUUACCAUUCUUGGACCUCAUUUAGGACACUAUUAUGGAGACAUAUUCAUUGUGUUUAAGCGGGAAAUUCUUCAUCAUCCAGAUGCAAACUUUUCUAUCCAAGCAGCAACAUCAUAUGCAAGUGGAAACUGUUUUAAAUGGCGCCCAUGGUUAGGUACUGAUCCAGGCUCACAAGAUGCUCGUGUUAAAUUGUUUCACAGUACUAAAUUACAUGCAUCCAUACCAGGCUAUGAAUAUGCAACUGCUCUUGAAUUGAUUGCUACGACUAAUCAAACAUUAAAGAAGAAGUCAAUGAAUAUUGAUUUAGAAACGAUUCUUGACCGUUGGCUGUCUCGAGAUUCACAUCAAAGCAUUGAAGCUCAUUUACCUCAACUAAUACCACUCGAUUAUAUCGAUCAUAUCUAUAUCUCACAGAAUAUUUUCGAGUCGCUAAAUCCUAAUACACGUAAAUUUAUCGAUGUUACUUUCAACAAUCGAAUUACUAAAACGUCGCAUGCAGUUGAACUUGAUGACAAGGACACAUCAUUCGGCUUUAAACCGAAUUCAAAAAUUCGACAAGAAUAUCAAGAUUUUGUUUUAAAAGAUAUAAUGGAUAAAUACGGGCAACUUGAUAUUAAUUCAAUUUCAAGACCUAUUCAAGGAACUAUCAUAACAAUACCAGCAACUGACUUUAAUGAUCCUUUCGUUUCACCUUUAACUAUUUCACAAUCAUAUCAACAGUAUAAAAUUGAUCAUCCACAAAUAUCACAUGAUGCUACAGUUUAUAUCUAUUGGCAAACAAUGAAUGGCGAUAUGAUGUUAACAUUAGCGAAUGAACAAAUCGAUACAGACGAGCAACAACCGAAUCUACGUUGUUUAAUAUGCUAUAUAGCUGAAAAGCCUGCUACGAAAGAUGUUCAUUAUCAUGAAAAUGUUUCGUAUUUACAUAGUGGAAGACCAUUUCAACAUGAAAUUGUUAUCAAAGAACGAAGAUAUGCGGCUAAAUCGACAUCAUUUUUUAUUGGUUGCAAUACCGACGAUUUUAUGACAUUUUGCCUCGAAAUUCGACGAUCAACAGGACGGGUCAUCCUAUCACAUUCUGGUCCAAAUUCAAUUUAUAAUCAUGAGCAAGUUGUUGCAAAUUUUUCGAAAACAAAUCUCAAUCUGAAUCAAUUAAAUUUUAUUCAUGUUAGCUCUGGAGCUCAUACAGUACCUAUUCGAAAUUUAAUUGUCACCUUCGAGAAACAUCCAGAUUUACAUCCUACUUUCGAUAAACAAUUUAAUAAAGCUUUAGCUUCAUCUACAGACCCCGUGCUGAUCACUAGGCAAGACACCACGGAAGGCUCAGUCGUAGUAGUCAACAUUCAUGAUAGUAAGGAUGCCAAAUCACCUAGUUUUCUUAGCCAAGUGGCAGAUAAAGUCGGUGCAGUGAAAGAUAAAAUUAUAGGUUUGUUUCCUGGUGGUGCUCCAACAGUGUUAACACCAUGUUCUGUUGGCGUAAAUUGUCUUAUGCAAUAUUCUGACCGUGCAGCAAUGCAUAAUUCAACAUAUUCACAUCCGUGUCGCUUUUCUGAGCUUUGUCGAGAUCAUGAGCCUCAUUUAACACAUGAACCUCAUAAAGUGCCUCGAUGUGAUUCAGAUAGAAACUGUAAAGAUCUAUGCAAUCCAAUUCAUCGAGCUGAAUAUCGUCACACGGGUCUGCCAGACUUUCUUAUUCCUUGUCGUAAUCAAGAAAAAUGUCGUAAUCGAUCAGAUGAUCAUCGUAUUAAAUAUUCACAUGGCGAACAUAUUGUGAAACCGAUAAAUAGUACGCAAGAAAGAGUUUCACCAUCAGCACAAUCUAAUAGAUCAUUACAACAGCAAACAAGUUCUGAUCGCAGCGAAAGAAUAGUUUGCCGAUGGGAUGCUAGAUCCCACGACUCCAGCGAUCACCAUCGAAAGAAGUAUUCUCAUCCUUCUGAUUAA